UUGAGUGGCGUUUUCAACGAAAACACUAGUUUCCGCGUCCGUGUUCUCGCACUCGGACGUAUUUAACUAUUUAUCCCGUGUCUACUUAUUGUUGAAUUUGUGUAAUAAAUUAAAAUAACCGAUAAUCUUUAAAAAUCAUGUACGUUAUUUAAAUGUGAAGAAGAUUUUUACUGGACGAAGAAAUAUGAUCCGUAUAGUUUUGCCAGUUUUAUUAUUAGUGCUGAUUUCAACAGCUGCAGAUGUCAACGCUAAGAAAUCAAGGCAUCAUAGGCUUCAAGAAAUUCACGGCAGUAACACACAGGUAUCGGUGACCGACGAUGGUAUUCUACCGCUGCCGACAGCCAAACCCGGCGAUGAGUAUGUGCAAGAAUCGGACGAAGACGUGGAGGACAACGGUGGUGACGACGACGAUGAAAACGAUGACGACGACGGCGAUGAAAGUGACGAAGAAGGUGAAGAGUCAGCCGAAGUGUUGGAAAAACAGAACCCGUGUCUCGUGCACUACUGCGGAAGGGGCGAGGAGUGCGCUGCCUUGGGCGGCGUUGCACGGUGCAUAUGCGUGCGGAAAUGCGGUCCGGCCAAGCGCAGGGUGUGCGGAACAGACGGCCGGCUAUACGACAACCGUUGUGAGCUGCACAAGUCCGGCUGUUUGUCCGGAGUCAACAUAGAGAUAGACCAUUCGUUAAAAUGUUUCAUACCUUCAGCGUCGAAAGCGAAGAAUGUUCGAAUCUUACCGAAAACCGCAGACAACGUCAUUGAAUUGGAAACCAAAUCGAAAGAAGCGAAAACGUGCGGUUCCCCGCAAUACGAAAUUAUGAAGGAUAAUUUGUUGCUGAUAAAUCAUGCCAAACUCAUGUAUCAAAAGAGUUGGAACAGUGGUAAGGAGUAUAUGGUCAGUGCGUUGUUUCGUUACUUGGAUUUAGACGGAAACGGAUUUUUGCAACUGGAAGAAUUACAAAAAAUAACUAAACAGGAUAAACUCGAUGAUAUGUCUGAUGUUUGUGUCAUGUCAGAUAUGAUUCGCUUUGAAGACAUGGAUAAAGAUGGACGUCUAGGUUUGAACGAGUUCUACGCAGCUUUCAGUAAACUAUACAGCUUGUCGGUGGUCACUCUGGAAAAAGCGUUAGAGAUCAAUAGAAUAUCCGCAAAGGUCGGCGACAAUGUCGAAAUCCGUUGCGACGUCAGUGGUAAUCCGCCUCCUCCGAUCGUUUGGAAACGAUACUCCGCCGAUCUAACGACCCUUGGCGACGAGGACGUGAGAGUUUUUAGCGAUGGAUCGCUAUAUUUGACCAAAAUACAAUUGGUCCACGCUGGGAAUUACACGUGCAGAGCAUUGAGAAACUCGGAAGUUACUCAGACACACGUGUUGACUGUCCACACUUUGCCGGAAGUUAAAGUAACACCCAGAAUCCAAUCACGGAGACCAGGAGAAAAGACUUCCAUGUUUUGUCACGUAAUUGGAGAACCUUUUCCCGAGGUGGUUUGGCUGAAAAAUGAAGAGCGUUUAAAGUUGGACAUGGUGCACAAAUACAGAGUAGUCGGUAAUGGAACUGAAUUGAGUAUUGAUAAUAUCGAUUACGCGGACACCGGAGCGUAUAUGUGUCAAGCAUCGAACACUGGUGGAGUCACCAGAGACAUAUCGUCGUUAAUCGUCCAAGAAAUUUUGACGCCCAGUGAGUAUGCCGCACCGAAAGAAGAACGCCGAUUUUUCGCUUUUCAUGACUGGGGUGUAUCUGUUUACGAGCCCACCGCUUGUCGACUCUACCACCAAAUUCAAUCCACCGACAUCAUACCAGGAACUCAGGAAUACGUGUGUGGUGACAAAGGCGUCAACUGCAGCUGGGGUCAGGCUAUCAACGUGGCAAACCGUUACGUUUACGUGUCGCAGCCGCUUAAAGAUAGAGUGUUGGUCAUCAGCAAAAUUCAAAUGGUCGUCGUUGACGUCGUGAUCACGGACAAAUAUCCAGUGGCUUUGCAUUACGUGGCUCAUUUAGAUCAAGUGUGGGUGUUGAAUUGGAGGAGCGUGUACGACGACGGCGUAAAGACGAUACAGGUGAUCAGGGACGCGUCGCAAAAGCGAAAACACCACACCGUCCACCCAGAACCGAUAGACGGUCAAUUCGAUUUAGUCAGAGAUUUAUUCAUGCCCACAGCACAGGACUUGAGCCACUGGUUUAAAUACGGUUACGUGAGCCACGCCAACCAAAGAGGACUUUACAAACUAGAUUUGGCCAACAUGCGAUACAUAAGAAGUAUAGACCUAUCACCGUAUAACUGUGUACCCCGUACGCUGCAAUUCUCGUCCUUGUACGGUUUUGUCAUCAUCGAGUGCGAAGAACCGGGAACCGGACACGCCACGGGUCAGGUAAUCUUAGAUUAUUUGACCGACACGGUGGUAAACAAAAAGACUACUGUUAGAGGAAGUCCUUUGGUUUCGCCAGAUAGCAGAGUUGUCGUAUCCAUUGACAAGGCCACCGAUGGUGUGACCUUGGUUGUCCAACAAGUUUUAGAAUCUGGACUGAAAUUUUCAUUCGAUGUCAAAACCACUCUAAUGAUCAGUGACAUAGCGUUCUAUCCGUCUCGAACCACUCACGGAUAUGAUUUAUACGCCAGUGCUGCAGACAAAGAAGACAUACUGUUUUUGAAUCUAUCCAACGGUAAAGUAGAAAUGAUCACCGGCGUAGGCAAGGCAAUGCUUCAGUCGUUGACGCAGUGGGGCAACCCCAACCGUCCAAUAGCCGCGUCCGGUAUUUUCGGUCACUACAUGGUUACACCGGCCGACGAAGCACUUUUUGUAAUCAACGGCGAGACCCGGACGGUGAACUGCGAGAUUGGUGGUCUGGUCCAUCCUAGACUGGUCACGUGGGUCACCAUGCAGCUCCAAUAAACAAAAAUAGAAGACAGAAUUCAAAAUUUUGAAGAAAAAAAAAAUCGCGUUGUUAUUGAUUAUUAUUAUUACUAUUGUUGAUGCCAUCAUUAUACCUACUCAUUCCUUCUUAUUUUCUCGCUACGAUAAUACCUAUAUUAUCAUAAUUUCGUCGUGUUGCUUUUAAACAUUUUUCGUUUCGUUCAGUUUCGUUUGUCGUGUUUACUCAUCACACAAUAUAGCGGAUUAGGCGUAUACGUUAAGUUUAAAUAUGUAAACCAUAAUCUUUAUAAAUACCUAUACCUAAACCUAUUAUAAAGCGAUGAUAAUAUAAUAAUAUAGUAAUGAACCGAGCGCGGUGGCACGGUGAUCGAAUGUCAUUCGAACACUUUUCACGUUUUAUUCGAACAUCAUAAAAAUAAUAUUAUGCAUAAUAUAAAAUGCUUGUUUUUUUUUUGUGUGUGUGUUUUUCAUAAUUUAUUACUGUAGCCAGAGAAUCAAAGUGCAUAACUCAGUCAUAUUUUUAACAAACUAAAAUUAAAUCGAUGAGUUUCGUCGUUUCAGUCAUUUUUCUGACUCCGAUCCAAAUAAUAUAUUUUAUAUUAUCAUUAAGUACGUUAUCGUCGUGAUUGGUCCAAGCCCAGAGUCUGGGCCCCAGACUAUAAUACUCACUUGAUAAUGUGUCUAUAAAAUCUAUAGUGAGUAGAGAGUAUGCAGCAGUAAAAUUUCAUUACGUCCAAUAAUAACGGAUAUAUAGUUUGUUCGCUCUCGACCAUAUGUUUAUACGUUAUCGAUGAUAAUACCAUUGUCCAUUACUAUAAUAUACUCGUAUUAUUUAUAGGUAGCUGUUCGUAUAUUCCGCUAAACGGAAUUACUCACUAUACCUAUGUCAAUAGACAACAUUUGAAAAAAUAUUUAUAUACACAGAAAUCAUCGAAAAAUAUGCGACGUUUCAGACCAACAGCCAACUUUUUAAUUUAUAGAUAGUCAGAUAGAUAAUAAUAAUAUAUUUUUGUUUAGUACGAUAUUAUGCAUAUAAUAUCAGUAUGUCGGGUGUGGAUUUAUAAUAAUAUUAUUAUAUAUUUAACACUAAAAAACGAGGACAUUUUUUACAUAGGCUAUUUUAUCCAGUAAAAGUAAUAAAUUGAAUCUAAAAUAUUUAUACAAUAUUAUACAGACUUUUUUACAUCGGCAUAAUACUUAUUAGUUAUUUCUGUUAUUAGCUACGUGUAUUAUCUUGAGUGAGUGCAGAAAUAUAAUAGAAAUGCGUUUAGAGUGGACGUUAUGCGUCGUCGUGCAGUACAUCUGUCUGUACAAGAUUAUCCGUCCGAUUUUUGUAGUUACUUUUCAAUCGAUCGAUCGGUCCGUUUAUCGCUGUGAGCCGCCUCGAGAAAUUGCUACGUACAAAACCUACGACGGCGACGUCUGAAAUAAAAAAAAAAAAAAAAAAAUACAAAAAUAUUGUAAUAAUUUUAGACUUUUACGUGUGUUGUAUAAUAUUAUGGUUAUAAUAUGUAAUGGUACCUAAUAACGUCAUCGUUUAUAGGAGAAAAACAUACUAUAAUUAAUAUAUAUAUACUUAUAUUAUAAAACUUACUUAGAUGUAAUAUAAUAUUAUGUAAUAAAUAAUAUAUAAAUAAUAGUAUACAAGGUGAUUCUUUAGAAGGUAAACACUGAUUUUAUUGGAAAGUACCUAUCAAUGUUUGUGGAAAUAUUGUUUUAGCAUAAUUUUAAGUAAUUUAAAAAACUAUAUUUUGUAAAAAAGUAAGUGUUUUAGGUUUUUAAUUUUUUGAAUGAACAAUACAUUUAUAAUUUCAACUGAUAUAAAUUAUAAAUUUAAAUAUAUUAAAGCAAAAUAUUUUCCUUAGAAUUCAAACACAUUAAAAUUGAUUCUCAAACCAAUACUUAAUAUUAGUAACAUCUUCUAUGUUUUUAAUUCUAAUUGGAGUAACACAGGGAUAUGCCACAAAAUUGUUCCACUAUACGCUAUCCGUUCUUUUA